UAGAGGCAACCCGGCCCUCCCUGCUUCUACUUCCAUGUUUUCUUUCCGUAUCGAGGCUUUUCUGUUACAAUGACACCCCUUCACCAAUAAUUACCAUCAUAUCACUGAGUUCCCUCCAUGGCCCACGCACACGGCUACCAGGACCUUCCAUAUGAGCAACGAUGGGAAUACCUCAAGCCCACCAUUGUGCGAAUUUACUUGGAUGACGAUGCCAAACUUGAGCAACUUUCCAAGAGAAUGAUUGAUGAGUUCAACUUCAACGCCCAGUGUGUCAUAUCCAUGCAUAGGCUGCACAUCCCUGUCACUGGGAAGCGGCCCGCCUACAUAUGUAGCUUGCCAGAAUCUGGCGUGACUGACCGAGCCUCAUUCGAUAAUUGUAGUGUUCAUCAGUAUCGCUACCACUUCAAAAAAUGGGGGAUCAAGAAGCGAACUACUACUGCCGAGAAGGAGGCCGUGAUAACAGCCUUGGGCAAACGACGGCGGCAGGGAAUGGGAACAUCCGAUGUUCAAAUUGAGCAAGGUGGAUCGUCGAAAGCUGUCGACAAGAAACAGCUCAAGCGCCACAUCAACGAUUCGAUCCGGAAACAUAAUAUCGACCCUCUUCGUCCCAGGACGUUCCUUAGCCACAAUCUGCCAUACGCUGCACUGAUCCGGAGUAUUACACGCCAUCCUCACGACAAUCCAUCGCCCCUUAGCAACGGUCCUCGAACUCCAGCCUACCUCACCGUGUCAAGUCCCCAGAAUCAAGGCAGUCCUCAAGACGCAUUGUCACCUACCACUCAGUUGCUGCAAAAGAGAGUUCUCAUUGACAGGUCGAAGCUCCUUUUGUCUGGCCGAGAACUGGAACUGAUGAAGCAGAUGAGUGUUGAUGAGAAAAGGAUCACUGCCAACUGGCUGCAUGACUUUCGGAUGUUCUCUUUUGUCACUGCCAAGUACUGGGGCAAGGGACCAAAAGACUGGACAUCAUCGCUGAUCAACGCGAAGACUCGGGCUCUGCCCCCACGCUAUGCUAGUCAGUCGCGGCUGCUAGACGCUGUUCAGUCCCCAUCGGUGGCUGGUGAUGUGUUUGACCCUCCGACGCAAUUGUGCAACUGGUCAAUUCAUUAUGUAGAACGCAUGGAUUACGAAGAGAUCCCGUCACAGUCCGUCUCAGGAGACGAUGACAGCGUCCAAGACAUUGAGGACGAAUCCACGUGGAAGGAUUGGGAUUCCCCGGAUGAACGAGAUCUCACAGCCACAAUGACCGCGGGUCUUCGAUCAAACACUUUCACGAAAUAUCAGAUUGACCAGCUACCUUUGGACCUUGGCUGCAUCACGAAUGCGGUAUCUAGAUCCCCGGGAAACGCCGCAGUUGAAGCAAUCGGAUUCGCAAUUAUGACACGGAACGUCGAUGUCUUAGGGGAUUGUCUGGAUUCAGAAAAUUAUGACCGCGAAUCUCUUCGUCGAAUAUACCCCUUUCAUCUAGCAGCCAAGUUUUUGGGCGGUUCAAAGGCAUGUUGUGGGGUGAUGAACAUGCUUGUUCAACUUUUGGACGACGAGAACUCGAUCGGAGUUAACAAUACGGACGAGGCGGGAAUGACUGUCUUGGACACGCUUUUUACCUCAAUACUUCGCUCACAUACUUCGGUUACUCCUUCGGUCCUCGGGGAUACCUUUGUAGCCUCUGGCCGCGGUCUCGAAGGAGGCGAUGUCGAUAUCUGCGGAAGAUGGGACGCAGAUUCGCCAUGCAUCCGCCACCAUCAUGCAACAGGAGAGACGACUAUCCCGCAUGACUGGAAACAUAUGUUUUGUCAUACAUCAGUACAGGCCGUUUGUCAUUGCAUUGGCGCUAUGUUCAAGGGCGAAUGGGCACCUGGGAUCAACACUGUCAGCGGUUUGUUCCAAAAACGGUGUCGAUCCUGUGGCUUAGAGCUCAAGGUUGGCACAAUUCAUACUUUUGUGCUUGUUUGUUUUCAUUUGGCAAACUCUGCAAGGCCGGGAGAGACUCUCUUCGGCAUGCUCGCUUGUUUGGUGUGUCUUCUCACAUACGGGGCUGAUCCCGCUUUAUCUGCUGAGAUUUCGAUACCGGCAGUGUUUGGACUCGAUGAAACAGAGGAGUGCCAGCAUCAACAUCUCAACGCAGCUGAGCUUGCUUCGGCUGUUCCGGAUAGUGUGGUCGACUCAUGGACGCCUCAAGUGAAGCUGGGGUGGGAAGCUGUCAAAGAAGUUUUGGAACAUCGCGUCGCUUAUGUGCAAGGUCUGGCUGCAGAGGCCCCGCAUCGACCGCCUAAUCCUUUCCACGAUACAGAGGGUGCGCUGCAUGGGUCAGAAGUACCGCAUAUAUCUUGCCGUCGUUAUCUCCAUGGAUGGGGUUUCGACAGACAGAAAUCGUUAUGUGGAGAUACAAGACUUGGUAUGAUUUGGGCUGCCAUACAAGUUGAGCUUUUAACAUACCGGAGACUGAGGGAGGGAGACCCUUGGCUUUCUUGGAUGUUUGAGAUGCGGCAUGUUGUUGAAGGACUGCGAGACAGGGACGAUUCGAUCCUUCGGCAGUUGGUGGAGGAACGUGGACAGAACGCAAUUCAGCGAUUUACGAGCUGUGGGUUGUUUUUAGAUGCAAGGAAUUCAGCUCGUGUAACAAGGGAAGAAGCGUGCACUUUCUACUUCGCGAAUCUCGAUGAUUGGACACGAACAACAUUCAUAUAACAUAGAUAGGAUUACUAGAUUUAAAAUAAUGAUUGAAACGAAUGCUAUUGACCACUUGCG